CCGGUUCUCGGCUGCACUUUCCUCACGCUGUCAGAUCUGCCCUGAUGAUCAGUGCCCAGCAGUGCCACCCGCAAGUUCCGCCCAGCAGUGCGCCCACUAGCUCCGCCCACCUGUGCCCAGCAGAUCACCCACCUGUGCCCAGCAGUGCACCCACCUGUGCCCAGCAGUGCACCCACCUGUGCCACUCUGCAGUGUCACACACCUGUGCCCAGAAGUGCCACCUACCUGUGCCCAGCAGUGCCACCCACCUGUGCCCACCCACCUGUGCCCACCAGUGCCACCCACCUGUGCCCACCCACUAGUGCCGUCCACCAGUGCCACCCACCAAUGCAGCCCAGCAGUGCU